AAUUUGUCAGUCGCCCAGUCUCCCCGAUAGACCUCUCAGCAAGGUGUCUGGCCACCGCCGUCGUCACGGCAAGUCUCCCUGAAGACACCCGCUCCCAAGUCCCGGAUCAAACUUGUGCCCGUCGACAGGAGCCCGCCUGUUCUCUCAUCAGCCAUGGCGACGAGCGCGAAGCGAAAGCAGGAGGAGACUCAUCUGAAGAUGCUCCGGGAAAUGACUAGCCUGCCCCCGAAUAGGAAAUGCUUCGACUGCGACCAGCGCGGCCCGACCUAUGCCAACAUGACAGUGGGCUCUUUCGUCUGUACCACCUGUUCCGGGAUCUUGCGAGGACUGAACCCCCCACACAGAGUGAAGUCCAUUUCUAUGACAACAUUCACACAGCAGGAAAUUGAGUUCCUACAGAAACACAGCAAUGAGGUCUGUAAACACAUCUGGUUGGGCCUCUAUGACGACAGGACAUCAGUUGUUCCAGAUUUCCGAGAACCUCAGAAAGUAAAAGAAUUCCUUCAGGAAAAAUACGAGAAGAAAAGAUGGUAUGUUCCUCCAGACCAGGCAAGGGCAGUAGCGAGCGUCCAGGCGUCUGUGUCCGGUUCCUCAGCCAGCAGCACUGGAAGCACCCCGGAGGUCCAACCCCUCAAGACUCUGCAGCUCAACAAGACCCCACCUCGCCAGUCUCCAGGGCUGGGUCGUUCCCAGGCUCAUAGCAAUGCUCAGGAGAAGAAGUUUGACUUGCUGUCAGACCUGGGAGGAGACAUCUUCGCUGCUCCACCCACUCAAGCUGCCAGCUCUGCAAACUUUGCCAACUUUGCACAUUUCCAAAGCCAAUCAGCAGCAGCAACUCAGGGUAAUUCAAAUGCCAACUUUGCCAACUUUGAGGCGUUUGGCAACUCCACAAUCCCAUCCCAUCUCGGCACGUCACCUCCCUCAAAGUCCUUUUCAUCAGGGGGUGGUGUGCCUAUCCCAUCAAUGUCCAGUGCUGUCCCCACCCAGUCCCAGACGGGGAGUUCUUCAGAGGACCGCUACGCUGCCCUGGCUAAACUCGACAAUGAGCUCAGCUCCUCCGCCCCCACAGGCAGCAGUGUGCCAGGGAAUGUGUUUGGAGCAGUGCUGGGAUCUUCACCUGCCCAGACUCGACCUGUCUUACCCAGCAUACAGCCAGGCUUUGGAGCUGUCCCGUCCACAAAUCCCUUCGUUGCUGCAGCUGUUGCCCCGGAGAUGGCCACCAACCCUUUCCAGACCAAUGGUAGAGCUCCAGCUGCAGCCUCAUUCGGUACUGGCUCUAUGAGCAUGCCUGCCGGCUUUGGGAAUGCAUCUUCCUACUGCCUCCCGACCAGUUUCAGCGGAAACUUCCAGCAGCCCUUCCCUGGCCAGGCCCCCAUCCCCUACCCUCAACCUGGGGCCUAUCACCCCCAGCCUAAUGGCCCUGCUGCGUUCCCAGUCUACGGUCAGAACAAGCCCUCCAUGACCCCCUUUGGGCAGCCCAUGGCUGGCCCUGGCAUGUCCAAUAACCCAUUUAUGGCGGGAGCUCCAGCCGGGUCUUUCCCUGCCGGAGGGUCUUCCACCAACCCCUUCCUGUAGCACACCUCCCAGUCCUCGCCACCUGAGGGCAGCAUGCAGCACAUAUUCAACGCACCCAUUCCGUCACGCAGUUAGUGACAAUACAUUUCUUUAAAAAAAGACUCUUCAACAAAGAUUUUUUUUUUCUUAAGAAAAAAGUUUACAACCCUAUGAAGGAGUACAAAGGACUAUAUUAAAGACUAAGGGACUGUUCUGGGGAAAAAGAAACAAUUAUACCCUUUGGACUAUAUACAAUACCUUAUAUACUUUUUAUUUUUUGUUUAUGCUUAUGACUGUAAGCUCUUUGUGCAUAUCAUCAUUUGUAAUCAUGAUUAAGUACAUGUUAUAUAUAACAAAGACUGAGAUAACAAGGGUGAGUAUACACACACACAUCUUGUGGAAAAGCCACUACAAUGUAUCUGCUUAAAUAAGGGUAUACAGUUUAAGGUUAUUAACAGGGUUUCCAUCCAAGUCCAUCAUCUGUGUGGAUUUUAGCAACCAUGAUACAGGUAUUUCUUUUGUGAAAGGGAUUUCUCUUUUUCUUUAUCUUUGCAUAAUUGCUUCUAUACUGGCGCUGAGGUGCAAAAAAUGUGUUUGAUUAACAGAUUCAGAGUGCUAUCCCUGUGUCUGCAGUUGCCCAUGACCUAAAACAACCUGUGAAGCCCUACAUCUUUGAAAGCAAAUGUAGAUUCUAAACUACUGGACUCAGCAAGAUGGGUAAAUCAUCAGUGAAUGACUUAGACCUAUUAACUAUACUGUAAUGUGUACCCGUCAAAUUCUUUUAGAUCUGCAAAAGUGUGAAGAGAGUAAGGGCAAAAGGUUGGUUUGAAACUCAGGGCAGCUCACUGAGUGAGAGGUGAACAGAGACCUCGGACGUCUUCAGACCAGCACGUAAUGGGACAGGCAUUCGUCUGCUUAGCUCAAAUACAGUCAUGAAAAGAACCGGCUCACAGGAGUGAAGACAAGUUUUUUUUUUCUUCUUCUAUGAUUCUGCCUGGUCUCUUAAACAUUGGUCAAACUUCUGUACACUUUCCUGGCGUCCUUUGCGACCUCUCUGCUGCUGGUAGGAAAUGUAUUAGGAGCAGAAGUGCAGAUAUUUCAUUAUUUUUCAGAGAGAGGUAAGGGAGUAAGACUGUUAAGAAAGCCUCAGGAUUAUGGGUGUAACCCAGAUACUUUAAGGGAAAUUGGGUUCCCUCCCAGUAACAGGUGAAAGAGUUUUUCAUUUGGUUUUGGGGUGACUCAUUGUCCCAGAGACCGCGAAUAAUACGUUUACCAGACCCUGCCUAGAGUUACAAAUGUACAAAAUUUGAAUAUGAAUUAUGUUCAUAACAAUGACUGUGUCUUAUUCACCUUAAAUCCUUUGAUUUCUGUACUCCUCUUCUUGCCUCUGGAUCAAAAAGCUUUUUGGAGAGAAGGACAAGGCAAAAACAAACAGUGAUCAUCUCCCUCCAGUUUGCUUUGAAUCGAGGUGAGGGGGGAGGACAGGCUCAGUUUGUCUCUUUAUUGGACCAGUGCGUGUGACUCUGGAGAAUGAGGGUAGCUUGUGCCACCAAUGACUAACAAUGAGUUUGACAAUGUGUUACUUGUCUUUUCAAGAAUAGGUAAGUCAGUGUGUACAUAUAUAAAUAUAUGUAUAAAUAAAUUAAAGAUUUUUAACUAUA